UCCGUCCGGUCAUCAGGUCUCGGCAGUGCAGCCGCGCUCCAGUCAGAUUCGAGAGGUCGCGCGCGCACCUACGGAAUACAAAUAUUUAUCAUUAUUAUUAUUAUUAUUAUUAUUAAACUCGGCGGCGCCCGCACGCGCACGCGCACACGUAGUGCCCGGUAAAAUCCGAUUUCGAUUUAAGAUAAUAAGAAGCACGCGGGUGAUGUAAUAUCGACAUUACACCUACGCCGUCGUCAUACCUGGCCCGCCCGGCAACCGUCAGCUACGCCACACAAAAGUUGUCUGCACCGAAGAUUUUUCGCAUUUCCGUCUUCGCGCGACGAGAGCUUUAUCACCAAGCUGCAGUAGAGGUUUGCCGACUUCACGCGCCCGGACCAGCAAACCAUCGAUCCAACGCGACGAACGAGUGAUGCACCCGAAUCGCCGUUGCAAUUGUUUUCGCUGUCGUUGGACGGCGGUCGGACGAUAAGACACAUAUACGUUUAUAGUGCCGCUGUUUCACGUUAGUGCACUGACACAUACAGACAGACAAGUGGGAACAGGUGGAUAGACAGCCAGACGGACAGCAUAAUACACACAUUGCACAUGAUGAUGAGGACCAACUGUCUGCAGCAGAGCGUGUGCGCAGAGGCGGCGGCCAUGCAGGCGAUGGAACUGCACCGCCGGAACAGCGGGGGCGAUCAAUCGAUCGGCAAGCCUGGCCGCGACGACAGUUCGGCUACCGAAUACAACGACGACCGUGUGCAGCCCACUUCCGGCGGUCGUUUGAACGGCUCAGCCGAGCGUCCGUUGAAGUUCAGCAUAGACAACAUAUUGCGACCGGAAUUCGGUGGCGGCACCGGAAGCUUGGCCACGUCCGGCGGCAGUCCUCCGACGGCGUUCAACCCAUACGACCACCAUCACAGACACUACCACCCCCACCAUCAAAAUCUCCAACAACAACAACAACACCUCAACCACAUCGACCGUCUGAACCACCUCAACUAUCAACUGCACCAUCUCAACCAACUCAGUCACAACGCCGCGGUAGCCGCCAGCGCUAACACAGCGGUUCGUGCGGCCGCGACUGCUAUCAACGACGCGACCGGCCCGGUGUCGUCGGAUCACGAAAAGUCCAAUAGCAGCAGACGGUCCUCGUCGUCGUCCACCGCUGAACCGCUGAGUUCGCCCAUUGAUCUGUCGUGUUCCGACUCGCAGACCUGCGCCAACCCCGCCGGCACCACUGCUGUCGCCGCAGCGGCUGUCCACACCACCGCCAGCGCCACCACACACGUUACUACCAGCACCGGUUCCAUAGACGCAGCCAUCAAUGCAGUCGCCGAUAAAGAGAGCUCUCAGCAAUGGCCGGCCUGGGUGUACUGCACUAGAUACUCGGAUCGCCCUUCUUCCGGAAGAAGUCCUCGGACGAGGCGAGCGAAGAAAAAGGAUAAGCAGCAGCAGGACGAGAAGAGACCAAGGACCGCUUUUAGUGGUGAUCAGCUAGCCCGACUCAAGAAGGAGUUCACCGAGAAUCGGUAUCUGACUGAAAGACGGAGACAGGAACUGGCCAACGAGUUGGGCCUGAACGAGGCCCAGAUAAAGAUAUGGUUCCAGAACAAGCGGGCCAAGAUCAAGAAGGCCAGUGGCACCAAGAACCCUCUUGCCCUGCAAUUAAUGGCUCAGGGCCUGUACAACCACAGCACGGUCAUGGUUACUAAGGAGGAAGAGGAACAGCUGGCUGCGGCACAAGCUAUGGAAAUAAACGACUGAAUAAGCAUUUUUACUUUUAUUUUUUUAAACGUCGUUUUAUUUUGCGACCUCUCAAACGCUGAUGCUGCCCACCCGACGCCAACAAUCGACGUGAUGUCUGGAUGCUGUUGCAAAAAAUGGGUAUAUUGUAUAUACCUCCUUACCCGUAUACAACGUGCAUAAUAUUAUUUUUGUAAUUCAAUUGACGGCAAAAAAAUGUGUUGGUACAAUAUUAGGACAUAAUUUAUGACCUUACAUAUCACCGAGGAAGAUACGAUUUUUGACACCGCUAUUUUGAUUUUAUAUUUUAAGUCCCGUACGAGUCUUCAAAUUAUCAUUAUUAUUAUUAUUAUUAUUAUUAUUUUUUAUUUAGAUAUUUAUUAAACGGUCGGCGUGUAUAUAGACGACCGAUUUAAAGAAUGCAAAAUGUGUACAGUAACAUUGUUUGAAAAAUGUGUGUGCGAUUUAUUACCUUUUCGAGAUAAAUUAGAUGUAAUUGUACAUUAAAUGCGAACAAAUGAAAAACAUUAAUCAAAACGUGUGCCUGCACACGAUUUAGAUGUUUAUUUUUAAAUUUAUAAUAAAAAUUAGUUCCUUUUGUAUUAAUUUGUUACAUUUGCCUACUACAUUAUCAUGUUAAAUAAGAAUAAAUUAACCUAUACACUAGUUUUGUUAGCCAUAUUAUAUAAUAUAUAUUGUAUAUUUAAUGCAGUUUUAU